AUGGAUGACGAAAUCCCAAGGACCAUGAAGGCCCUGGUCGGCAACCGCUCGAUGAUCACUCGAAUCUUAAAUUACGCUUGUAGUAGUUCCUCUGGAGAUGGAGUGAAAGUCACAACCGUCCCUGUCCCCGAGAUAAAGGACAACGAGAUCCUCGUCCGGGUACGAUGCGUCGCUUUCAAUCCAACAGAUUUCAAACAUGUUGACAUUCUCUCCCCCCGAGGAGCUAUUAUUGGAUGUGAUUAUACCGGCACUGUCGUAAGGAUCGGGUCAAAGGCACCUGGCAAUUGGGCAGUCGGCGACAGGAUAGCUGGGUGGACUCAUGGUGGACUAUACCCCGAUCGAGGCUCUUUCGCGGAGUAUCUCAAAAUUCCAGGCGACCUGGCCUGGAAAGUCCCAUCGUCUGUGAGCGAUGAGGAAGCGACCACGUUUGGAGUCUCUGCUGUCACCGCCAUGCUGGCUUUGAACGUUCGUCUCGGCGUCCCUUGGAUUGACGACACGGGCCUGGCCAAAGGACGAUUCGACUCGCCGAUCCUCAUAUACUCCGGUGCCACAUCUGCUGGCAUCUACGCUAUCCAGCUUGCAAAGUAUGCGGGUUUGAAGGUUGUCACGACAGCAUCUCCACGUUCCCAUGAUUUUGUAAAAGAAUAUGGCGCCGAUGAUGUAUUUGACUAUCGAUCAUCUACCGCCGUCGUGGAUAUUAUCCGAUCCUACCCUAACAUUAAAAUCGCUAUGGAUUGCUUUUCGGAGGGCGGCUCAAUUGAGUUUUGUGCAAAGGUUGUUCGCAAAAACCAAGGGCGGGUGGUCACGCUCCUGGAUCCAGGGACGACCAUGGCAGCGCCGUGA